AUGCCCACGAUAGUGGGAUCCUCGCCACCAGAUUCAGGCACUUGGAAGAAGGACCUCGGAGGGAUUCUCAGGGUAUAUUUCACGACGAGCGCGUCGGACUUAUACAGGCUCAGCCAUCGGUUCCAGACUGGCUCGCCGGCUCCGCUGUCUCUGCUGAUUCCACCACCAAAAAGAACCCAGUCUCUCGAUCAGGGUGCUGGAGGUGCCGAAUACAAGAGCACAUUGGACGCUUCUUCUUCGACUUUGAAUGGUGCUGCAAGCAUAAAUGAUCCUGGAAACAUUCUGAAAGAGCGAAGAAACGGCGCCAGAGAGGUCCAGCUUGUGCAGGAUGCCAUCAACGAAGAGUUAAGUGCUCGGGUAAUAAGCCUUGUGAAGCAUGCAAGCCUGGCUGGUGAUUACAACCCAAAAUCCCCCACAGUGUCUCCACAGGGCCGCAAGGACUACAUCUUGGAAACUGUGGAGCUGCUAUCUGAGAAGAAUACCAACAUUGCUUUUGAUCCUAUCAGAACUAGCCUCCGCCAUUAUAUGGCUGGGGGACCUGCUUCCGAAAUCUCUAACAGACUGUCAGACUGUCUGUUCAACCACGCUGGAAAAAGUGGUCGCAGCUGGGGUGUGUGUGGAGUCAACUACAGCACAUCCAAUUAUUUUUACGACGUUCCCUACGAACACGAACGCGGAGACCAGUGUGACAGAAGGCCAUCCGUCUCGUAG